ACGCGAAAUCUACAUCGACCGGCCUAAAGUAAGUGACAUGGCGUUACUUUAGCGCAAUUUUAUUCCGAUUUCUUUUGUAUAAAUCCCAAAGAAGUACGCUGUUUUUGUAUCAAUCAUAGCCAUUAUAUGAACGCAUCAUGAGUACAUUGGAUAUAAAUAAAAUGGAGGGCGAGGAAGAAAAUAAGACGCCCGAUAAGAAACAAAUCGAGGCGGAAGAAAAGGAGGUAAUGUUGAAGACUGAGAGCGAGAACAAUGAAAUUAAUGCUGAAAUAAAGGCCGAGGGCGAGGGGCUGGUGAAGGCGGCGCUGUCACAGGAGGUCAUUGAGCAGGGGAGGGAGGUCAAACCCAAGUUUAUUCCCAUUGGUGCCAUUAAAAUGCCCGGGUUUUUCACCAGAAACUCUGACAAACCUAAGGAUGAUGAAGUGAUUGAGAAGGAUGCGGAGAAUGAAAAGGCGGAGGAGAGCAAGCCCAAACGCAACCACUUCCAGUUCCUGCACACAUGCCCCUUCACCAAGUUCCUGCACCACCCCACUCAGAAUGAUAAAGAUGGUACCAUUGUAGAAGAAAAAAAAGGUAUUCGCUUACCAAAAAUUAAUGUGGAUUACCAAAAAUACUUCCAAAAGAGGUCCAACAAAGACCCUGAGGCAACCCUUGCUUCCAUGGAGACAUUGGAAGACAAGCUAGACACACCAAAUGAUGGAAUGGAAAAUGUUAAAUUAGAUCCAGAAGAAGCUGUUGAUGGCAAAGUGGCCACGAAACUGCCUUUCAAAGAAAGAAUUCGACAGAAGAAGUUUAUAAUUGAUGACCUGAUCGUGGGCGUGAUAGUGGUGCUGGUGCUGCUGGCCGUGGUGAUCGGCGUCAUUGUGGGCGCCAGCGCGGGGCCGCCCGCGGAGCGCCCGCUGCGGCUCGGCCGCUACAUGACCACGCUCUCCUCCUGCGGGCCCGUUGAAGGUAUCUUGGAUGAAGGCGUGUACAAGUUCUACAGCAUUCCUUACGCCGUGCCGCCCAUCGGAGACUUGCGGUUCACGUAUGCUCAGCCACUUAACAACAUAUCGCUAUGCUGGAACGGCACUCUUCAAACCCACAAGCCUGGGCCGCUCUGCAUGCAGUUUAAAGAAAACGAACGAACUAUUAUAGGCGAAGAAGACUGCUUAACGCUGGAUGUGGUCACUCCUCACGUCAGGUACGAUUCUCGCCUGCCGGUGGUCGUUCUGAUAGGAGCCGACACCCUUGCCGGCGGCAUCAGUCCCGCUCAACCGUCCGCUCUGUAUGCCCGCACCAAGGAGGUGGUUUUCGUGCGACCCAAUUUCAGACUCGGACCCUUCGGGUUUUUGGCUCUCGACAUUCUCUCCAAAACCAAAUAUCCGGAGACCUCGGGCAACUACGGCCUGAGCGACCUACUAGUCGCGUUACGGUGGGUGAAGUUGAAUAUUCAACACUUCGGCGGCGACCCCGACUCCGUCACGCUGCUCGGGCACCGCGCCGGCGCAACGCUCGCUGCCGCGCUCACCACCGUGUCCAAAGCUCAGAAGUUGUACUCCAGAGCUUUCCUCUCGUCCGGCUCCGUCAUAUUCCCCGGCAAACACCUGAAAGAUUCAUACCCACUAAAUGAGGAAUUCAAACAGAACAGCAAAUGCAACGACGCCGCCUGUUUACGCCGCAUGAAGCCGGAGGCGGUGAUGACGGCCGUGCCGGCCUCGUGGCUCGGCUCCGACGUCGGCUCCCUUCCGAAGACAAACGAGAUGAAACACUCCUGGCUGGUAAUGGACGGCGUGUUCGUGACGCGCCACGCAUUCGAGGCCUGGGACGGCCAGAAGGAGUCGAAAGAGACCGGAAAGGAGCGGGCGUUCAAGCCGAUGGUGUUCGGAACGACGGCGCACUCGGGCCACUCGGAGCUCCUCCGCAUGAAGCACCUGAACUGGACCGCCGAGCACGUGGAGAGCGUCGUCAACGACAGCGUGAUCGGCGACAAGAACCUGACCGGCGCGGUGUACGGGCACGUGAACAGGACGUACCCGGGGCUGGUGGAGCUGGUGUCGGCGGUGCGCACGCUGUGCCCGCUGGUGAGCCUGGCGCGGCUGCGGCUGGGCGCGGCGCUGUACGUGGUGACGCGCGCGGGCGCGGGCGCGGCGGGCGCGGGGCUGGCGGCCGUGGACGCGGACCUGGAGGCCAUCCUCGGCACCUUCGACUCGGAGGUGGUGGAGCAGCGGCGCUUCAUGGCCGCCAUGCAGCAGCUGUUCUACUACUUCGUGUGGAACGGCCGCCUGCCCGCGCCCGAGACCGGCCUCAUGGAGGUCGGCCAGGACGUGCUGCCGCUGCACGGGCUGCCCCUCUGCGACCUGCUCAUCCGAGAGGACAUAGUGCCGAGGUAUGCUCACGUCGAUUAGUCUCUCGUCUCGCGUGGAUCGGGGCUUCACAAUCCUUUGAUAAAAAAACUUCGUAGGUUCUCAGUCGUCGUCGUAAUCAAAAGGGUUGGGAGGCCCUGCUCAAUUAUUGUCCUUAUGUUUGUUGCGUUGUCUUAGCUAGAAAUCACAGUCAGGCGUUGCUUUAAAGAAUCAUUUUUAAUUUAAUACAGGCAUGAUAAUAAGCACUUUAUCUUAAAACGUUGAUUUGUUUUCCUUAACUUGUCUAUAAAUGUGAAAGCAUGUGGGAUCUCAUCUACAUUGUACUCUAUACUAAUACGAUUAGGUACCUACUGACAACGGCCAUACGCUAUGGACCAGUAGCUAAUAGUUAGCCGUAUUAGGAUUUUUAUCUUAAAUAGUUACAAAAUGAAAUUCCAAACCCCAAUGAGACUGAUAUCAUUAUUUUCAUUAAAAUACUCAAAAUAAAAUAUUGAUCUCCGUAAUUUACCAUUUAUUAUGUGAUUUGUAAUUUUUCACCAGUGUUAAGUAUUAAGUAUGACUUUCGCUUAGUUAUUAAAAGAUCUUAACGAAUCUACAUGUAAUGUAAUUAGGUCUAAGAUUAAUUUGUAAGGUCCGAGGACGCCCAUCUAAUUCUGCAUGAAACCAAAGUAUUUUGAAUAAGUUGUCAGGUAAGAUGUAUUUAUUAUAGUAAUUUUAGCUUUUUUUGUGGUUGAUAUAUGACCAAAAAGUACAAUAGCACCUAGUCACGUGUUGUCAUAGUUCUUCAGAAGUUAGUUUUAUUUAACUACACAAUCUUGUUGGCAAGUCUUUACUAAUAAUUUAACGUGCAAAUAACUAGUCAAUUUUUGGGGCAAAUUGUCACCGUAAGAAACUGCACUAAAUUGACUGUUUACAAUUUAGGUAUACGGUAAAUUUGGGUAAACUACAUCAUUACUUACAAAGAUCAUACAAAUCGAGCAUUGGAGCUGGUAUUGAAGGGUGUCCUUGGGUAUACACACAUGCAUGCUUGUAUGUUUGUGUCCAUAUCUACACAUAGUUAAUGAAUGUGAUUUGAUUUUAAGUCUGAUAAUUCCAAAGAGUGAUUUUUUUUUGUACACUAUAGGUAAUUUAUGUUUUAGUUCAUGCUUAGAUAGACUAUUUGUAAGAAUUUGUACUCGUGUAAAGAGUCAUCAUACUCAUGAUGACUUAAACGCGUCAUUGUGCUCGCAAAUACUGCAAUGAAUGCAGCGAUUACCCGACAUUUAAGCAAAUUUCCGUUCUUUGCUAGCACAACGAUACGAUGUCUGUUACUCUCAUUCUCUUGCCAAAUAAUUUGGUUGCACUAGGCAGCUUGUUGACAGCUUUCGUAAUUUUGUAAAUUUAAUUAAUAAAUGAAAUCUUAAGACUGA